CAAAAAAACCACAGCCAAGAGUAGCUAUGCGUCAGCGCCUGGGCGCAAUGUGCAGAUUCCAUAUGAAGUUUCAUAUGAUUGUUAAUAAGAUAUGGGUAGCUAUAAGAAUAACGGUUAUUAUAGUGACAGCGGCAGUGGCAGAAUCCCUCGCAAAGGCGGGAUUGGAGCUACAUUUUUUUCGGUAAGAAAAUUGAUGUGUGUAAAGUAGGGAUGCCAGCCAGGCGUGGCUUGUAUUUGAAUAUCCAAUAUGUGAAUGCUUGGGGAGUAUGUAUAUAAACGGCUCUUUCCAUCUGAUAAACAGACAUUUCCACAGUGAUGAAUUGCAAGGGACGAUCAAUGACAGAAUUGACAAACACCCAUUCAAGCACGGGCGAACUACUGCACGGCGGAUACGUCUUGAGCUUCAGCAUCUGCAUGGGUUUGUUUUAUCUCUUUCGCAGUAGGCUAAACUUUGUUCGCAGAGUGGACUGAACUAUUAAUUGGGCAAACAGACCUUCCUACUGUGCGCGAUGGCAGAGGUCGGAGGCUUUCUUGGGGCGCUCGAUUUGGAUUUACAAGGGUUUCCUGCGCUGGGGAAUAUUCCUUUGCCGGAAUCGCCCGUGGGCUUGAAUGAGAGAUUGGGACAGAUUGAAGGGAGGUUACAGCGAGGCUCUCUGACGGAUUUUGGCCACCUGAAAGGCAUUUUGCGCCGUCGGCAGCUGUACUGUCGGACGGGUUUCCACUUGGAGAUAUUUCCCAAUGGAACAGUGCACGGGACCAGACAGGAUCAUAGCAGAUUCGGGAUAUUGGAGUUCAUCAGCCUGGCUGUUGGACUGGUCAGCAUUCGUGGGGUGGAUGCUGGGCUCUACUUGGGGAUGAAUGGGCGGGGCGAGCUCUAUGGGUCGAAGAAGCUGACAGCAGAGUGUGUGUUCCGGGAGCAGUUUGAGGAGAACUGGUACAACACCUAUGCCUCUACGCUCUACAAACACUCGGACACGGGACGCUUUUACUACGUGGCCCUCAACAAGGACGGCUCCCCCAGGGAAGGGGGCAGGACUAAAAAGCACCAGAAGCUCACCCACUUCCUGCCGAGGCCUGUAGAGAUCGAGAAGAUCCCACAGGCUUACAGGGACCUGUUCCAGUACAGGUGACCAGGCGCCUCUCAGUUAACUGGGUUAGGGAUUCGUCUUGGGGAAAGGGGGAGGGGAGGAGGAGUGUGGAUGUAUGAGGCAGGAAGGCUGUCACGACUCCCCUCCUCACCCACUUGUGUUUGUGUUCGUCUCCUCGUCCAGAGGACGAGCCCUCUCCUGUGGUUACUGAUAUAAACAGUACGUGUGUGUUCCCCGAUGCGUCUGCUUCCUUUCCUUAAUGUGCUCAGAACCACAGGACGGCGGGACAUGUUUUCCUUCUCAGCUUACUGAUGCAAA